UCCGCGGGGGGCGGGCGGAGAGCGAGGAGGGGGAGGAGAGGCGCCGCCGCCGGCACUUUCGCUCCUCCCUCCCGCAGGGGGCGCUCGCGGACCCCCGGCGCCCGGGCCGCUCCGUCCGCCAUGCGGGCGGCCUUCGUGACGGUGGGCACCACCAGCUUCGACGACCUGGUCGCCGCCGUGACGGCCCCGGAGGCGCUGCGGGUUUUACAGGAUCUUGGCUACAGCCGACUUGUCCUGCAGAUUGGCAGGGGCACAGUAGCUCCAGAGCCAGUUCGCACGCCUGCGUUUACCCAAGAAGUAUAUAGGUACAAGAACUCGCUGUUGCAAGAUGUGCAAGAAGCAGAUCUCAUCAUAAGUCAUGCAGGUGCAGGAAGUUGCCUGGAGGUCCUGGAAGCAGGAAAGCCGUUACUGGUAGUUGUAAAUGACAAGCUGAUGGACAAUCAUCAAUUGGAGUUGGCAAGACAGCUACACCGGGAUGGACAUCUCUUUUACUGCACAUGCAGAACUCUCAUCGAGACUCUCCAGUCAAUGGACUUGUCGACACUGAAGCCCCUCCCUCCCGGACAACCAGAGAAAUUUGCUGCAUUCUUGGACAAAGCAGUUGGGAUUUAAACAAGUGAACUGUAGAAGGAAGCUUCCGCAUUUGGAACUGGCUUUACUUGUAAAGACAGUUUAAAAGAAGUAUAUAUGUAUACGCCUUUGCAGUAUCGAAUCAUAGGUGCUUCUGGCAACAUGGCAAAAGAUAGCAUCAUUCAUUGACCCCCCGGUCUUUUGAAACAGAGAGCAAAUGGGAGAACUGUGCGGGCAGUGGCAGGCAAGCCGAUAGCCAUUUUCAGAUAGCCAAACCCUACCAUGUUCAGAUCUACCUGCCCUUCUGCUUCUCUACAGACAUGCUGCAGAUUCUGGUGCUGUGUAUGCUAGCAGUGGGAUGUAGUGGGUAGAGGCUGGAGUAGGACUGGAAGACCGGGGUUGAAAUCCCCACUCACCGUGGAACCUUAACCGGGGUCCAGUCAUUCCCACUCGGCCUCAUCUACCUCGCAGGGUUGUGGUAAUGUUACCAUGGAGUAACGGUUUAAAUAAUAAAAGCUUAAAGAAGCUCAAGUCGAAAUGAAAUAAAGAUCUUAAAGACUUUAUUUAGCCAACUAUGGGCAGAGA